CUUGGUAGUGAAUGGUGUGAGUCCCUUUAUCCAUGAACUGACUGUCUUACUUCUACUUCUUCUGAUGGUCCUGGCUUGAGUCUAGUACUCGUAUUGAGAGAGAUAGGGAACGUCUUAGAAGACCAGUUGACCUCGUAAGCUGCUAUAUGAUCUAGGAAAUCCUCUACCGACGAUCGGGGUUGUUUGUUGCUAUAGAGGUCUGGAGAGUUGCAUUGGUUUGAUUCAGGUUUGCUUGGGGACAAGCAAACAGUUAAGUGUGGGGGAAUUUGAUGACUCGAUAUUUGCACAUGUUUUCCCCUUUGUUUCUUGAUCGUUUAAGCUUGCAUUAUCGCUUCUUUGGCCUAUUUUACGCUAGGUUGUGUUCCUUUGUCACAUUUCAGGCCCUAGCACAUAAAGUGAAGCGUAGGCGCAAGUUUCAAGUCAAUCGGAGAUCAAUUGGCGAUUAGGGAGAAGAAACACGAGCAUGACCUGAAGAAGAAUGGAUUUCUACCUCACUUUAUGGACAAAGAAUCAUGAAAGUUUGUUAUGAAAAGAAAGAGGACGAGACUACGAGCGUCUGGGUUCAAACGGCGACUGAUUCGGAGUCCGGACGAGGGAGAAACGAAGCUUUGAACAGGGGUGGAGGAAGAAUUACGGGCAGGAGAAUUACGACCGUAAUUUGCCCUCCCAUGCCCGUAAUUUCACUGCCGAGAGGAGCUUUGGGUGCGCUGAAACUUAACCAAAACGCGUGUUUUGGGCAAAAUACGGGCAUGGAAGAAUUACGACCGUAAUUCAGCCCGUAAUUCGCCCAGAAUCGGGUUUUUGAGGCAGAUUAGAGCCAAAGGAAAGGGAGAGCUGGGUUUUGGAUCCCAAACACCCAAGGGACGAACCCUAGAGAGAGAGAGCGACUUGGGAACAUUCUUGGAGCUAUUUUGGAGGAUUUCUUCGCCAUUGGAGCUCGGAAAUCAAGCUUGGAGAUGGAGAUUGAAGAUCUAGAUCAGAUUUCUGCAGUCUCUCUCUUCUCUAUGGAGUAACUUCCUUUCACUUAGGUUUUGAGGAACCUUAGUUCCAUGAGUUAGGAUCUUUCUUGUAUGAAGUUUUGGAUGCUAUAUUGUUUGAUUAUAAUCGAAUGAUGCAUGUUUAUUGAGUCAAUUGAAGUCUGAUCAACUUUUCUUGAUUCCUGCUGCAAUAUGAGAUAGAUAGAAUCUGAUUAGGUUGCUAGAGUCUCAUCAUUCGGUAGUAGGAGAUUGGCUAUACGAGAGUUAGCCAGUUUACUGCUUUGUACUGGAAUCCAAUUCCAGUAGUGGAGUUCUGUGCUUAUUGCUUCAGCUUUCUAUCCCGGUGAAGACUAGUCGUCUGCCGGAUAGUUAGACUGAGAGGGCUUGGUCAGCUUAAGAGAUUCCGAGCUACUGUCGGGUCUUCCGCAGUUUAAUCAACAGUAAAUCAACCAAAAGGAAUUACAACUUGGACCUAAUUGAGGAGCUAGGGGGAAUCAUACCUAAGUGAGUUCCCAAACUGUAAUUAGUAGUUUUACUUAGUUUAGUUAAUCAAUCCUUAAUCUAGUUUGCUAGAUAAUGAACUGAAGCUGAGUAAUAGUAACUCUAGAGACCCGUGGAUUCGAUAUUUAUUACUUGUGCCACUAUAAUGCAGUCCCUUUCAUUUGUUACACUUGGCCAUUGUUAGGUGUUGUGUUCCAGAGCACCAGUAUGCUAAGACGUCCCCUAUCUCUCUCAAUGCGAGUACUAGACUCAAACCAGGAUCAUGAGAAUACAUGGAAGUAAGACAACCAGUUCAUGGAUAAAGGGACUCACACCAUUCACAACCAAGGACUCAUUGUACCGGGGUGCUCUUUCACUUCAUUUCACCGUUGGAACCCCCUUUUCACUUUUAUUUUACUUUACUUUUUUUUGUUUCUUUUCAUUCACUUGGUGGGGGUUCCAACUGCAGUCUUUUGCACGAUCGACCCUUUUAGUCGAGCAAGAGAAAUUUCUGUACAUCUGGCGCUCGCCAGAGUACUUCUUUUAACUCCUUUUCCUCAACUCGUGUGGAGGGUCAAUGAAAUUAAGGGGGGUCGGAAGCUCUAUCCGUGCCCUUAAAAACACAUCCUCGAGUAGACAAACCUUUCAAACCGGUGAAAAUUUUACUUGUACUAGAGACAGCUUAGCUUCACCUUGUAGGAGUACCCACUAAGGAUCACUAAAAUCUCUUCCAAAACCCGAUUUUUUGCAAUGAAUGGUGCCACACACG